AAAUUGGGUUUAAAAUAGGGUAAUUUCUAAGCGUAUUGGUUUACUGUAGUCUGAUACGUAAACGUAUGAAGAGGUGGGUUUGUAUAUAAAGGGGGUAUGUCUUUGGGGGAUUGUAGUUUGGAAAGUGAUCUUGGAAUAGGUGGAGACAAAAGGAAAAAAUUAAUAAUGAAAUAUUUCGUUUGUUGUCAAAUCGCUUUAAUUGUUUCAUUAAUAGUUUUGACGGAAUCAAUUAGAUUCGAUGGUUCACCCAGAUUAUCACCACAACUUCGAAUUGGGAGAGCUGAUAAUGGAAUUAUGCUCGAAUUAGGUCAUCCUAGAUUAAGUCCAAUGUUUAGAGUGGGCAAAAGAGUUCGCGAAAAUAUAAAUGAUGAUCAAAAUGAUGGAGCCCCAAAACGUGGUGUAAAUGGUCAUAUGGGGUUGUUACCAUUUAUGCGAACAGGAAGAACGAAUCUUCAAGAUUUUGAUGGUUUUUAUAAAAAUUCGCUUCAAUCGCCCGAUUUUGAUUAUCAAAAAAUGAUUUGGUAUUAUUUGUUGUUAAAGGACGUAUUUCAACAAGAUAUCAACCCCGCUUUAAUUUCUUCUGAAAAGGAUAAAUGAAAAGGCUAAAAUGAUUAACUCGUUGAAUUCUGUGGAAAUUAAGAAAAAUUUAAUUUAUUGCUGUUGAAUAUUUUUACAUGCUACUGAUAAUAAAGAUAAAUUAAACAAA